ACAGAAGAGCGACUCACAAACUUCCUACACCACCUUGCUGAACGGCACCCAAAGGAGUUCAUCAAAGAACCCUGAUCGCAUUAAUACAGGAUUCUCCGGCUUUCCAAAGAGAAAAUGGUGGAUUAUAAAGUGACUGUGUUCACUACAGAGCAAAUCUCUGCCGGCACUUUUAACAACGUCUUCAUUAAGCUGGUGGGCACAGAUGGUGAGAGUGAAAGCGAGAAGCUCAAAGACACCUCAUUCUUAGGACAUAUACCAGCAGGAUCAGUGUGUAAUUUUACCAUAUCCUGCCCUGUCUCCAUUGGAGAGCUGCUCCUCAUAGAAAUACAGAAACAGAACUUUCUGUGGUUAAUACGCAAUGCCUGGCUUCCUGCCAAGGUGAAAGUGCAAUCCCCUGAGGGAAAAACUUAUACCUUUCCCAUCUACCGCUGGAUCACUGAUGACAAGGUGCACCGCUUCAGAGAGGGAAAAGCUCUGAGAGUCUUUGAUGAAACACAUCAUCUUGGCAAAUUCAAUCGAAAGAAGGAGCUGAGGAUGCGAGAAGAAGUCUACUGCUGGGACGUAUAUGCAGAGGGAAUACCCCACACAAUAAAGGCAGACAACACUUCUUCUCUGCCCCCUGAGGUCCACUUCUCCUUCACCAAGGAUAUAGUAUUUCGCUGGAAUAUUUUGACCAGGGGGGUGCAGAUGAGGCUGCGGGGGUACUAUGGCAACAAGAAGAACUGGAAUGAUAUUGAUGACAUCAAUCAUGUGUUCUGGAGCAAACGGACUGCAAUAUCAGACUAUGUCCAGAAACAUUGGAAGGAGGAUGCUUUUUUCGGCUACCAGUUCUUAAACGGUGUCAACCCCAUGCUGAUCCGACGUUGUACAGCCCUGCCCGAGAACUUCCGUGUCACUGAUGAAAUGGUCUCCCUCCAUGGUCAGUGUAGCUUGGAGGAUGAAAUGAAGGAAGGCAACAUAUUCCUGUGUAACUAUAAGUGUUUGGAUGAAGUGGAACUACAGGAAAUCGAUGGGAAGAAGCAGUACUUGAUGGCUCCCCUUGUCCUUCUCCACAAAAUACCUGACAAUAAGCUGAUGCCAAUUGCCAUUCGGCUGAAGCAGACUCCAGCCGACGACAAUCCCAUCUUUCUUCCUACUGAUUCAGAGUACGACUGGUUGAUGGCCAAGAUGUUUGUGAGAAGUGCAAAUUUUCACGAGCAUGAGUACAGUGUUCACUUGUUGCGCACUCAUCUGCUGGCUGAAGUCUUUGCAGUGUCACUACUACGCAAUGUGCCCAUGGUGCAUCCACUGUACAAGCUCCUCAAACUUCACACUCGCUACACUCUGCAGAUCAACGUCUUGGCUCGACUUCAUCUAAUAUCUGAGGGGGGAGUUUUAUCAGAGAAUUCAGCGUGCAAUAGAGAGGGUAUGAUCACAAUCCUGAAGAGAUCAAUGUCUACCAUGACCUACAGCUCCCUCUGUAUACCAGAUGACAUCGCUGAGCGUGGGUUGGGAGCUGUGCCGAACUUCUACUACAGAGAUGACGGACUCAGGCUUUGGGAUAUCAUCCACAGCUUUGUGCAGCGAGUGCUCAGCUACUACUACAAGAAUGACGAUGAGGUCCAACGAGACACUGAACUGCAGAAGUGGAUUUUGGACAUUUUUGAACAUGGAUUCCUUUCCCAAGCAGGCACAGGAAUUCCAGAAAAGCUUUCCACCAUCCAUGAGUUGGUCAAGUAUGUCACCAUGGUGAUCUUCACCUGCUCAGCACAGCACGCUGCAGUGAAUGAUGGACAGUAUGACUAUGGUGCCUGGAUGCCCAACACUCCCACCACCAUGCAACUCCCUCCACCAACCACAAAAGGGACAACGAUGGUGGAGACAAUCCCUAACAUUAGCACAACAGUUAAGGGAAUGGUGGCCAUGUGGCUACUCAGCCAGCCACCUUCUGACUUUGUCGCUCUCGGUGAUUACCCGGAGGAACAUUUCAAUGAGAAAGAUCCCUGCGAGGCGAUAAAGGAUUUCCAACAUGAGCUUAAAAAGUUAAGUGCAGAAAUCAGAGUAAGAAACACGAGCCUGGAAAUCCCGUACACAUACAUGGAUCCAACAGAGAUGGAAAACAGUGUGACCAUUUGAAUGGUGAGACCUUCUGAGCUGCCAAAUUCAGCUUCAUAUUAACAAAAGUGAAAAAAGAAUGAACUCCAUGUUUUUAACUGAUCUGUGAUUUUAAGCAGUAUACUUGAUUUAACUGUGGUUAAUAAAUUGAAAUACAUAAUAAAUUGACUGCUUUAAAUUAUAAUCCACAUAUUAAAUAUUUUUGGGUCAUAAGUAAAUUUCCAGGGCAUCUCAUUAAAAAAAGAUUAUGAAUGUAAAAUACAAAGUUGCUACAUUGAGAAGUUUCCUAUAAACACAAGUGUUACAGCCACUGCUGUGUCGCCCGUGUAUAUUGCGAUGUGUUGUAUUAUUCAAUGUAAAUACAGGUGUGGGAUCACCAGGCUCCGAUUGGUCCCCACCUGAGGGGAGGGGCCCAAUUCCCGGCAUCUGGUCAUUUAAACUCGAACUGCCAAAGCAUCAGGGCGGUUUGUUUUCUUUGUGUUGAGCUAACUUCGUUAGUUGCAACAUUUGUGAACGUUAACAGUGGUUAACUUGUUUGUGGAGGUUAUUUCCAUUUGUUUUUGGGACUGGGCAGGGUUUAGUUUAAUAACGUAGAAUAUUUCUGUUAGACCCAUUAGUUUAGGGGUGCUGUUUUUGUUAUUAAGUGUUCGAUUUAGAUAAAGAUAGGGAUGGUAGGGUUUUUCUUUCUCAUUUUGUUUAAUCUAGAUAGCAUAGGCUCUGGUAAGAGUUUUCUUUUUGUUAUAUAUAUAUAUGUCUGUUCUUUUAAACAGCAUCUGCUCGCCCUUUGUUCCUUUUACCACCUCACCUCCCCUUUGUUUAAAACAAUUUGAAUUGUAAUAAAUACCUUAAAAUGGUCAUAAUCUUUCAUGACCAUCAAUUAUUUUUUUCAGGGACAAUUAUACGUUAUUAUACAUUAUAUCAUUAUGUAUACAUUAUAUUAUAUGUGUGUUUCAUAGCAGCCUUGCAUUGAUAAACUGAGCUACAGCUUGAUCUAUAUUUGAGCCUGCUGUGUGCUAGGGCACAGCAGAUUAUAUAUUUGUGUGAGAAACUAAUAUUUGCAUUGUUUUCUUGUUGUUUUAAUUUUCUUGACAUACUGAUACUGUUCAUGUGCUUGAUAUAUUUGGUUCAUGUGAACAUUGUCAUUUAAUAAUCACUGCAAAACCCUGAUUGGUUUGAAUUAAACAUCUCAAUGAUUUGUCACUAUAUUCUGUGCAUUCUUUUUAUUCUAGAAAUGUGUUAUUGUUGUAGUGUGUAGGUGUUCCAGUGUGAAUUUCUGUAUUCAGUACUUUCUCUGUGCUAAUUUUCUAUGACUUCUGUAAACUGUGACCACAUUUCCUCCCAUCAGUCACUGUCAAGCUUUGACAGUAACACAUGUAAGGCAGAGUUCACCACAUCAAAUUAUGUGUAUCAUUAUGAAUGUUCCUAACUGAGUGAAAUGACGUAAUUACGUAGCUGCCAUGAUAAGAGCUGUUCAAAUUCUCUAAAUGUUAAUUAAAGGAACUUUAAUGCUUCCUCUCUUAUCUCCAUUAGUAAGCACAACCACUUUAUCUCGCAGUGAAAACUGUCCCAACCUAGAUCCUUUUUAUUGUACAGGCACUGUUGACGUCCUUGGGCCUGUAACAAUGGUACAGGUGGUCUCUGACCUUCUUCCUAACCUUAAAAUGAGCAGG